AUGGGUCAAGAAGCAAGAAGCAAAAAGCAGGCAGAGUUGAGUGCAGCAAAGGUCGCUUACCAUACCUUGAGAGAGCGUAAAUCAAGUCAGCUACCUUUGGUCCCAUCCUGCGCUCGGGAAGGGCAAGAAGCUUCCGAGAUCUUAUCUUCAAGUUUCCAGUCAAACCCAGCUGCUGAACUACAUCCACAAGCCAGGCCUAACACACAUGAGAACAGUGUAAUUGCAGAAGGAAAACGUCAACGCUUGAUCACUGUAUCUUCAGGACCCUGCACUCCUACAUCAGUAGGUGGGGAAGGAUCUUCCUCUGAUGUUGUACAUGGCCGUGCGCAGGAGACGAACCACGGACCUAGCCCUGUGUCCCAAAAUGGCUCCGCUAAUUGCGUUAUGGACUCUUCUCUUGGGCCACCAGCUAAAAGGAGUGCGUACAACAAGGUCUCUGUUUAUUCACGCAAGUUAAAUAUUGAAUAUCCUGAAGGUACCACUAUGUUGCCCAUGAGCAAUGAAAAGUGGUUGUUUGCUCACACACAUGAAGGGAGAGGUUCAUUUAGGCUUGACUAA